AUGGAAGCAUUUAGUAAUUAUAUCGAGGCACUGUACAACAGAUAUUUUGAAGAAAAGACAAAGGUUGUGAAGACGAGCUACAAACUGUUUUCCUCUAGACAGCAGAAAGCUGAAGGAAGUGAAACGGCGAAAACGUAUCCGUCAAAAGUGUUGAAAAUGCAGCUAAAUUUGUGUGCCCCGAUUGGUGCCUACAAUAUAUCAGACGAAAUGGCUAACAAAGUACCAAAAAAUGGGCAGGAUGAAGCAGAUCGGAUCUGGAAAUCAAUCCAUGCCGAUAAGAUCGAUUUCAAGAGCGAAUAG